AUGCAGUUGACUCUUCUCACCACCCUGCUCGUCGCCACCUCCGCCCUGGCUGCUCCCCAGAUCGACAACCUCGUCUCCCAGGCGGAAGGUAUCGCCCAGACCGCUGUGAACGGCGGCCAGAGCAUCGCCUCCGACAUUGCCAGCGCUGCCACCUCCAUCGCUUCCGCCGCUGAGACCGGUGUCCCCGGCGCUGCCUCAUCCAUCACCUCUGCCGCGGGCGCCGCCGCCUCCAGCGCAGAGAGCUGGGGCUCCUCCGUCGCUUCCGACGCCCAGAGCAGGGCCUCCUCCAUCGCAUCCGAGGCCAGCUCCAAGCUGAGCGACAGCCUGACCACCCUGACCGGCACCAACGGCCAGCCCACUUCCACCGGCCUCGUCUCUACCACCUCCGCCAGCGGAACCGAGACCACCACUGCCACAAGCACCUCCACCACCGGUACUUCUUCUUCCUCUUCCUCUUCCUCCUCAGCUGGCAGUGCCUCCUCCACCAGCAGCGACGGUGCAGGUGCCAUGCCCACUCCUUUCAGCUUCGGUGCCGGUGUCGCCGGUGUCGCCGGUGUCCUGGGUGUCAUGGCUGCUCUGUAA